ACAAUUUCCAGCCCAAGUCAAGCAUGACUUCCAAAGAAGAAGCCAAGGCUUCCUCGGUGGAGGAGAGAAGAAGGAGCCCCCUGGAUCAGCUGCCCCCUCCUGCCAAUUCCAACAAGCCUCUGACCCCUUUCAGCAUAGAGGACAUUCUGAACAAGCCGGCCGUCAGGCGAAGUUACACCAUCUGCGGGACAGCACACCUCCUCUCCAGCACCGACAAGCACCCGCCAGCCGGCCUGCCCCUCUCCAGCCGGGCGCUCCUCUCCCAAACCUCCCCGCUCUGUGCCCUGGAGGAACUGGCCAGCAAAACCUUCAAAGGGCUGGAAGUCAGCGUCCUGCAGGCAGCUGAAGGAAGGGAUGGGAUGACUAUUUUUGGCCAGAGACAAACUCCCAAGAAAAGGAGGAAGUCUAGAACCGCCUUUACAAACCACCAGAUCUACGAACUGGAAAAGAGGUUUUUGUAUCAGAAAUACCUCUCCCCAGCCGACCGAGACCAAAUCGCCCAGCAGCUGGGGCUGACCAACGCCCAGGUGAUCACCUGGUUUCAGAACCGCCGAGCCAAACUCAAAAGAGACCUGGAGGAGAUGAAAGCAGAUGUGGAAUCUGCCAAGAAACUGGGGCCCAACGCCCAGGUGGAUAUUGUUAGCAUUUCAGAGCUGGAGCCCAAUUCGGAAGGGAGGGGGAAAUCGCGUUCGCUUUCUCCAACUCUACCCAAACAUGGACUGGAGACCGCCAGCCACCUUCAGCUGCCUCCUGAAUCCCCUCUCACAGACCAGCCCAACAGCAGUAAGGACUGCUCGGAGGAUGAAGAAGAUGUGGAAAUUGACGUUGAUGACUGAAUUGUUGUUGUGGUGGUGGUGGUGGUGGUGGGUACAUCCCCCCCCCCCAUACACACACACACCUU